AUGGUCCCGCAGCAUACUAAUCCGCCCGUACUAGUUCAUGCUCUGAAGGUUGGUUUAUCGAAAUUGUUAGAUUCACUUUCAUUCUUCCACACAGCGAAAGUCAGUGUACGACUCCAACCCAUCUGUCGUUCCCUCUCUCUCUCUCUCUCUCUCUCUCUCUCUCUCAAAUCGCAGUUAGAGAGAGAGAACGAUUUCAUCGGCCGGAGACGACGGAGAGAAUCUGCGACGGAAGCAAAACCGGAUCCAUUGUGGAGGAUAGGGAUGAAGAGAUUUGCAGUGCUUCUUUGCGCAGAAGAUUCCGAGUACGUGAAAAUCAAGUACGGAGGAUAUUUUGGAGUGUUCGUCAGAAUGUUGGGCGAAGAAGGCGAGGCUUGGGACCUUUUCCGCGUGGCCUCCGGCGAGUUUCCGACCGACGAUCAGAUCUCCGCCUACGACGGCUUUGUGAUCACCGGCAGCUGCAACGACGCCCAUGGCGACGAUCCUUGGAUCCGCCGAUUAAUCGUUUUGUUGCAGAGAUUGUCGUGCUUGAACAAACGAAUCCUCGGCAUUUGCUUCGGCCAUCAGAUACUGGGACGUGCUUUGGGGGGAAAAACGGGCAGGGGGAGAUCUGGAUGGGACAUUGGGAUCACAACCGUACACGUGUCGUCAUCUAACAAGCUCUUCUCAUCCCUCAAAAUACCCACGGCACUCUCUGUGAUCGAAUGUCAUCGCGAUGAGAUCUACGAACUUCCAACCAAGGCUGAAGUGAUUGGGCGGUCAGAUAAGUAUGGCAUAGAAAUGUUCAAAUAUGGAGAUCAUAUCCUAGGCAUUCAAGGUCAUCCCGAGUACACCAAAGACAUUCUCUUACAUCUAAUUGACCGCCUUGUCUUACGAAAACUCAUCACGGAUGAGUUUGGUGAGGAGAUGAGGAGCAAUUUGGAAGAAGGUGAGGCAGAUAGGGAAGCAUGGAAGAGGCUUUGCAUCAACUUUCUCAAGGGUGGGUUAUGAUUUUAGAGAAACAAAAAUGGAAGUUGUUAGAUUUAAUGUACUAACAAUUCCUCCUUUAUUCAACACUUAUAUGAGUAAUAAUUCUCUAAUAUAAGGUUAAGAAGCCUUAACCUAUCGUUCGUAUCUUA